GCCAAGAAUAAAUGGCUUUAUUUAAUACCAAGGUCUAAAUCUAAUCCAAACUUCAAGGCAGAUUAGAAGCAAUACAACAAAAUUAUUCUUUGUGCUCUCAACAGAGCAACACACACAAAAAAUUCAAACUCUCUGACAGCAGUAGCAAUGACACACAAGUCAAAUCUAUGCCCUUGGUAAUGGAAGUCAAGAAACUACCUCACGAGAGUUCUGAAAACACAGGUAGAAAGAUGGACCAUCAAAAGCCGGUCUAUUACAUGUACUUAGACAUUGUGCAUUCCAUCAGCAGACAUUAGUUCUGCAAAAUCAAUGACUUACUGAAUACAAUUAGGAUGGUAAUUUGACCUAAGUAUUAAAAUCUUGUGCUAACUUGGUAUCACUCCCUUUGUAUUCCGUAUGUGAUUAAUUUAUGAUGUAUUUCCUUAAUGACUGAUUAUUACUGCAGUAAUACCAUAUAUAAAAUAGAUGAGGAAGAGGCUGAUCUCCCACUUUCCGUUGUUCUAAAAUAUUUUUGAUAAAGUAGCUUAUAUAGUUAUACUCAACCACCAUCUUUACCAUAAUCUUUUAACAACUGCUCAUUUUGGCUUAGAGGCUUCUUUGCACAGUAAGCAAUUAUGAUCUCACAAACUCAGUUCUGGUAGAACUGAGAGAGAGAGAGAGAGAGAGAGAGAGAGAGAGAGAGAGAGAGAGAGAGAGAGAGAGAGAAUACGGCAUUAAAGGUGUCCCCCCUUGAAUGUGUGGAGUCCUAUCUUUAACCACAGUGGGUACAGUAAAUAUUAUAUGAUUUUAUCCAUUCUGGGUGCUAGAUCUUGUUGAGCUCCGGGCAUUAUUCAGUUUUGGGCCAAUUCUGUUUUUCACCUACAUCAAUAAUUUACAUGCGACAUUGGAGAGCUCUUCAAAAACUGUGAUGUUAGCUAGUGAUACAUGCUCACUGAUAAAGAGCCUGUACACAUGUACAUUUGAUGCAGCCAUGAGAAUAGUGGAGCAAUCUUACAAACAUUUCACAACAAACAGCUUAAACCUCAAUCUCAAAUUAACUCAUUCUAUACAGUACUAAACAAAGAAAAAUGAUUCCACAUACAAGAAGUAGAGGUGACUGUAGGAGGAUACGUGGGACUUAGACAAAAUUUCUAUUAGGUGUGAUGAAUGGCAGCCAGCUCUAAAUGUAAGUUAAUACAGAUGAGUAGGAGAAACAAACCCGUAAUGUUUGAAUAUGGCAUUAGUAAUGUGCUGCUUGACAGAGUCACAUUCAUUAAAUAUCAAAGCAUUAACACUACAAAACGAUAUGGAAUGAAAUGAGCAUGUAAGGAUUGUGGUAGGGAAGUUGAAUGUCGACUUUGGUUUAUUGGGAGAAUUUUAGGACAGUGUGAUUCAUGAGUAAAGGAGACCAGAUAUAGUACAUUAGUAUUAUCCAUUCUGGAGUACUGCUUGAUGUUUGGAAUCUGCUCCAGUUCGAACUGAAAGAAGACACUAAAGCAAUUCAAAGGCAGGGUUUGAGAUUUGUUACUGGUAGGUUUGAACAACACCCAAGUGUUAUACAUGUGCUUCAGGAACUCAAAUGGGAAUCCAUUGAGGAAAGACAACAUUCUUUCUGAGGAACACUAUUGAGAAAAUUUACAGAAUUGGACUUUGAAGAUGGCUGCAGAACAACUCUACUGCCAUCCAAUGUACGUUUUGCAUACACAACAGAAAGAUACAAUAAGAGAAAUUAGAGCUCGUAUGGAGGCAUAUACAAAGUUGUAUUUCCCCUCACUCUAUUUGCAAAUGGAACAGGAAAGGAGAUGGCUAGUAGUGGCUGCCAUGCACCAUAUGGUGGCUUGCAGAGUAUAAAUGUACGAAAGUUCCUUCAGACUUAAGUGAACUAGAAAUAUGACUACCUACUUCCCUUCACAUGUAACAUUAACUUGGGGUAUAUGUUGAUGUAGGUGUAAUGGGCCCAAACUAGAUGAAACAUCACAUGUGAAGUUCCUGAAUAUCUAGAUGCAUAAUAACCUGAUAUGCAACAGCAAGUGCAUAUGUUAGACAAGAAGCUCUGUCCUGCCUGCUUUAUAUUUCUAAAUACUACCUGCUGAUAGGACUGCUAUUUUCAAUUCAUCAUUAUUAUUAUCACAAUUUUGUAAGACUCUGAAAUUGAUUACACAAGUUAACAAUUACCUUUUCACAAGUAGUACAAUUAAUGCAAUGGAGGUUACAGAUUUGUCACAAAGUCAACCCAGUACAUACUUGUAUUGUACUUUGUAUUGUAUAUUGCUGAUGAUAAAAGUGAGAAAUAUGGAACAAAUGCUAAAUACUGUUGUUAGAGUGGUAAGACGCAAAGCAUUAACAGCAUGAAGUUGUCCAAUUUCUGCCAGUUCAUGCAGGGGGAAAUAAAACACUUUAUUGUAAAGAUAUUACAUCUUGGAUAAUGGCUCCCAACCUUUCUCAGGUACCUGAGUACAAUCACCUAACUAAACUUUAGAAAGAAAUCUCUUGGAACACUUUAUAUAUAUAUAUAUAUUUUAAAAUGAUGAAAGAUAUUUAGCUAAAUUCACGUUUAUUAAUGACAAAUACAUUACCCAGUAAAUGUACUGGAAGAUAUGUGUAAGAAUCCCUAGGCCCUUGUAGAGGUGUUAAGUUAUCAGUGUUACACAAUACUUUUUCUGCACACUUCUGUAGCAUAAGCACUUUUUUAACUUGGUUGUAUUUCUCAAGAAAACUGUUACAUAGGAUAACAUUGAGUGAAAGAAUGAAAUAAUUUAGUUCGUGACUAAAACAGAAUCGAAUUGUUUAGUUUUUACCCGUCAGAUAAUUUCAUUUUACCCAUUGGGGGUAAUUACCUACCUGGUUGGGAACCACUGAUCUAGGAGUAUCCAACAGCCAGGUCUGAUUAGGCAGGUGUAUUCUUGUGUGACUCUACAUUUUCUUUUAGUAUUUAAAUUAUUUCACACUAAAAGCUCAUUACCAGUACCAAAUGCUUUUACAUCUGAACAAGCAUCAAGGACUUGAGAUAUUGACAUUUCUCAAAAUAUAUUCAACAUUAACACUAUAAAAAAUCACCUUGUCCAUCAUUGAUACGAAAUGAUAAUUACAUGAAGAAAAAAAAAUGUGCAGCACAUAAAUUCGCAAAAUUAUUCAUUUUACACAAACAUAUCUACAUCUAUUGUUGCCUGUUUAAUUUGUGAACUCAUUAUACCCAUCUUUUAUAGUAAUAUCCUGAAAUGUCCCUAAAUUUUCGCCAGCACUAGUGUGUCCGAGGAAAGCUGUGCACAGUAUGCAAGGCAUUCAAUAAAGAUUCUACUAGGCAUAUUAUAUCAUUCUCAGUGUUUCGUCAGGAGUUGAAGUAUACUUAACAACCCUCUUGCUAACAUGUUUGGACUGCUUCGAAUAGUUAUGAAACAAAACAAGGAGAAAAUAUAUCAACACAAACAAUACUUUAUUAUUUUUUCCAGUUGCUUAGUAUUCAUAUCUGAAACGCUGAAUUAACACUCAAAUUACACUCUCAUUUGCAAACCUGUCUAAAACGUAUUUCUUUUGUUAUGUGAAUAUAUGUACAAUUUGUCCGUAUGCAGUACAACAGUGACCGCCUAUAAAAGUGCUCUCCUCGGCAGCACCGCAUAUCAGACACUAAAUAUUUGCAGACCACUGUUAAUCCCAGUGCCAAAUAUUUCCCGGUCGGGGAAUUUUCUUACUUCCACUGCCCACUGCAGCAACUUUACUGCCAGCCGUUAACGCUUGUGCGCCUGCUGCAAUAGCUGGUUUGCUGCCACCAGCCAAUACGGUAGGUGGGCAAACCUCUCGUCGUGGGUCUCUUGAGUAAUAAUAGUUUGCAGCCAAUUUGUGAGCUGGCCCUUCCGGAAGAUUUGGUGGUGGUUGAGUACGAGCUGCGAUGAAAUCUGCAAAUCGGAGAGCGUUGGUAUGUGGUCUUCCUAGAAGGAACUCUCUAAGCAUCUCCAACAACGGUGAAACGCUACGUGGUUCUACUUUCCUUGACAUGUUUGGAAUAAAUUCAGUUAUUCACUCACAACACAGCUGACGAACUCUAUAGAGAACGCAAUACACAGCACUUAACCUCCUCCCCCAAAGAUAUUAACUAAUGGAAAGCGUUUGUAGUCUGCUACACGAAGACAAUCGAGUAACGAAGUUUAUGAUCAACUGUUUAUAUGAGGCGCGCUUUAUAAAGAUCGAUAAGUAACAACAAAUUGGCCUAUAACUUUUUCCGAAUCGUUCUCUGAUUUCCACUAAAGUUGAACCACUCCAAACAGAAGUGCAUACAUUCACAGUUUAUUGUCGUUAAAAUUCCUUUUAGUAGUCCAAAACCUAAAAUUUCCGGAAUACCUUGCCUACCAAGUCUUUCGGUCGGCAUGUUCAAAAAUAGUGUUUGGUCACUUCAGAAGUAUGCCAAGUUAGAAAAUGGUUCUUGGGUGCAAGUGGAUGGCAAUGGAGAUCUAGACCUCAUAAAACAGGGUCUUCAACUCCUUGUAGUUCAUCAGGGAACUGGUCUUGACUCCAUUACUCUGAACAGUAAUCCUCAUCAGCUCAAAGGAUUUUGGAAGGGUAGUACAUUGGCCAUUGCUAUUAAAUACAAGUUGACAACACGCAGAAUAAAAUUUAAAUUUGCAGCUACAAAAAAUCACUCAUCAGUGAUGAAUUGUGGUGCCUGUGUCCACAUGCUGAAAAACUACAUGCACAUAACAGACAACACAGGUACAGCUCAACAAGAGACUCUUCAGGUAACAGAGUUGUAUGAGUACAUACUAAAGGCAAAUUCUAUUGAGAGACCUCUGGUACCAGUUUCAGGUAUACAGGCAGACAAAAGCCUUGACUCUCUCAUUAAAUCCUGCAUACUUGACCCAGGCUUUCCUGAAUUUGUUGAACAAGUCCAGUCAAAGUUAGAAGAAAUACAGAAAAUUUCAUCAUGAGCAUUUGACUGAAAUAAAAUUAAUGUGUUUCUUGUGCUUGUAAGAAAUAAUGUUCAAUAAAAACUUGA